AUGACCACUCCGGCCCCCUUUGACUCCAAGGACAAACUCUUCGCCAAGGACGAGGCGUUCUGGAACAACUAUCUCAAGGGCCGGCCGUCUGUUCCGGACGUCUUCUUCGAGCGGCUCUUCCGCUACCACCAGGAGCACCAUGGCAAAUUCGGCACCGUCCACGACGUAGGGGCCGGAAACGGCCCCUACGCUGACAAGCUACGGUCGAAGUUCCAGCAUGUCAUAAUUUCGGAUAUCGCACCUGAUAAUGUCGCCCUCGCCAAAGAUCGACUAGGCACCGAUGGAUUCAGUUACCGCGCCGCCCGCGUGGAGGAGGGUGACGAUAUUCCCGAUGGCAGCGUAGACAUGGUCUUUGCUACCAACGUGAUGCAUUUCUGCGACCAGAAAGUGGCCAUGGAAGUCAUUGCGAAACAGUUGAGGCCUGGCGGAACAUUUGCAUGUGCCGCCUUCGGAGCUGCUUGCUUCGAGGAUGAGCGGGUGCAAGACAUCUACACCCGGAUCCACCAGUCCGGCGGGCGCGCGCUGUUGGAAAAGACCGAUGAUCCAGAGAAACUGAUAGCGGUAAUGGCCAGGACACAAGGUCCGUACAACGUCGCGCCACUGGAUGAGGCGCUGUUCCUGCCGGGUGCGCAGCGCAUUCAUCUGAACAUGGAGAAAGGAGGAAUAACGGCACCCUUGCCACCAGACAUCCAGGUGACCGAGCCUCUGCACACCGGGGCGAACGAUGUCGAGGUGUUCGAGAGGGAGGAGGGCUGGAGUUUCGUGACGGACCUGGAGGGCGUCCGAGAGCACGUCGCAUCGUUCCCGUUCGUCAGAGAAGACACCGCUGCCUUUGCGGAGUUGUGGCGCGAGAUGGAGGACGUCAUCAAGGACCAGCCGGUCAAGGGACACUGGCCGGCCAAGAUCAUCUUGGCCACCAGGCGUUGA